AUGACGAACCAGGGCGUCCAGACCAGCUCGCCUCGGCUUUGCCAUGCCAUGCCAUGCCAUGUCGUAAGUCUGAGGGUGAUGAGGAUGAAGUAUGUAGAGACAUGGAUUACCAAGCAGAGCGCGCUGUCAAGGAAAACUCGUUUCUGCCACUCUGCAACGGCACUCCGGGAACCAAGUUAUUUUUCUGACAUCAUCGUCAUCAUCGUCAUCGGCCGGGGAAGACUGUUGAAAUGUCGGAUGCUACCCGAUACCUACACGUCGCUCAUGUGCAUUACCUACUCGCGGUGGCGCUGUGUCAGUUCAAUCAUCCACCCAAUACCUACCGUACGGGCUGGAGUCUCGGCCGGCUGUCAACCCACCGGGAAGCGUUAUAGGGAAUCAGGAUACCAACCCACAUACCCUGUUGUGCGUGAGGCGAAGAACGGUGAUGGCCAGAUACAGAGAGGUUGUGAGGUUGCGGUGUGGAGCACGUGA